AUGAAUGGGGAAACAGCGAAGGUCAGAAAGGAGGUGCGGGGAGGCACUCGGGGGGCGCAGCUGGGGGGAACCCCUGCACCCUCGCGCGAUCUCGGGGUGCUGGGACCUAGCUGGGCGGACCCUGGCGCCCGCGGGGGGGAGCCGAGCCGGGGGCGGAGCAGAGCAGAGGCUCAGCCCCCCGCCCGCACCCUGUACCUGCCGCAGCUGAAGCGCAUCCACGGGCGCCCGCGGACUCUGCGCUCGCCUCGCCCGCAGCCGGCGCGCCCCGCUUCGGACCCGGCGGCCGCCGCGCACCCGGACGCUCCCAUGGCGAGGGCGGCUGUGCCCGGGCGGCUGGUGACGGCGCUCGCCUGCCUGUUCCUGAGCUGCCCGGGGCUGCGGGGACAGGGACCCUCGCCGGGGACCCGGCUCGGCCGCGCGCUCCACCUGCCCGCGCUGGGCGCCCCGGGCGGCGCCGCCGACUGCCCCGACGGUUCCCGCGUCCUGAUCGUCCGGGCGGCGCUGCGGGUGCCCGCGGGCCGGUCUCUGUGGCUCGACCCACUCCGGGACCUGGUGAUCCGAGCGCCACCGCCGGGACCACGGUGCGAGGUGACGGUGCUGGACGACGACCCGCCGCGCGGCCGCCCGGGCGCGCUCGCCCCGCGCCGCUUCCCCUGCGCCUUCGGGCCGCGCCAGGUCGCCUACACGCACUGGGGCGCCCCGAGCCCGCGCAGCGCCCGGGUGCGGCUGCAGCUGCGCUACGACGCCCCGGCUUGCACGCUGGCGCUGCCCUUCACGCUGGCCGUGGCCGUGGACUUCCCGCCGCCCGCGCUCCUGGCGCGCAACAGGCCUUUGGAGCUGGACCCGCUGCGGGGCUGGAGCCCGCCCGUCGACAGGCGGGUGCUGGACUUCGCCUCCCCGCGGGCGCGGGGCCCGCACAGGUGCCGGCUCACUCCCCUCCCGCCCGACGCCGGCCCGCUACCCCAGCACGGGCGCUUGGUGGACGCCGCGGGGACCCCGCUGCCCAGAGGCCGCGGCGUAGACUGUGCGGCUUUUCUCCGGGCCGGGGUGCGUUACCAGCACACGGCCGCCGGCACCUCGCCAGGCCAGGACUGGGUGCCCAUGCGGGUGGAGCUGCUGUUGGGCCCACGGCUCGCCCGCUCCGGCGCCCCGCAGGUGCGGCUGCGGGAGCAUUUCCAGCUGCUGGUGAGGCUCCGCCCCGACGCCCAGAACCAGGCGCCUCGGCCCAGCGCGCGGGCCUCGAUGGUGCUGGAAGUCAGCCCCGGCAUGCUGGCAGCCCUGACCCCCGAUGCCCUGGCUGCCGAGGACGCGGAAUCUGACCCCGAGGAUCUGGUUUUCAACAUCCUCAGGGGCCCCCUCGGCCCUCCAGGGCCUCCCAGCCUCCACGGCCACCUGGUGAGCACCGACGACCCCCUGGGCCUUCCAGUUUUCUCCUUCACCCAGCGGGAUCUGCGGGAGCUGAAAAUCGCCUACCAGCCCCCCGCCGUGCGCUCGGACCCUGAGCGCCUCUUGCAGCUGGAGCUGGAGGCAGUGGACCCAGAUGGCGCCGCCUCGGCCCCCUUCACCUUUACCGUGCUCCUGAGGGUCACAGACGCCCUGGCCCCCGUGGCCAGCUACCACGGAGGAUUGCUGCUGUGGGAAGGUCAGGCAAGGGCCCUGUCCAGCGCCCACAGCCUCCAGAUCCGUGACCAGGACAACCUGGAAGAGGUGACCGUGAGUGCAGUCGGAGGCUUGAGGCACGGACAGCUGGUGGUUCUCGGGGGCCAGGAGGAGCCUGCCAGGCGCUUCAGCCACCGGGAUCUGGCCGCUGGGCGAGUGGUGUAUCAGCACGAUGGCAGUGACUCCUUCAGCGACAACAUCAUCUUCCGCCUCGAAGACGGGCGGCACCAAGUGGAAUUCCUCUUCCCGGUCACCAUCAUGCCUGUGGAUGACCAGCCGCCGCAGAUCACUGCCAACACCGGUCUCCGGCUGCACGCUGGCCAGCUAGUCCAGAUCGCCCCCUGGGUCCUGCGGGCCACUGACCCUGACUCUGAGGACUCAACCAUUCGCUUUGUGCUAGAGGACCAACCCCCGGGAGAGACGCUGCUGCGUCAGGCCCGGCGUCCUUCGUCCCCAGAAAGGGAGGGCUGGCGCUACGUGGAAGCAGAAGGACUUUAUGAGAAAGUGGUGACCGAGUGGCUUCAGCAUGACAUCACGGAAGGGAGACUCUUCUACCGCCAGCUUGGACCCCAGCAUCCUCCACUGGUAACAGCCCAGCUGACCUUCCAAGUACAGGAUGAUCACGACCCCCCGAAUCUGUCCAGCCGUCACUUGUUAACCAUCAAGGUCCAGCCGGUGGACCAGCAGAGCCCAGAGCUGGCUCCCGGAGCCACCCUCGAAAUGAGGGUUCAGCAGUACCAGCUCACUCCCUUCCGGAAGAAAUGCCUUCAGUACACCGACCAGGAGUCCGAUGACCAGAAUUUGGGGUACACCCUCCUGACACCCCCAACUGACAUGGACAGCAACCACCCGGUGCAGGUCGGAGAAAUCGUGCUCACGGACUCCCCCGCCACCCCCAUCUCCCACUUCACCCAGGCACAGGUCAACGGCCAGCAAGUCGCCUACCGGCCCCCUCCCAGGCUGGGGAUUGUGCCGCGGCUGGUCCAGUUCACCUCCCGGGUAGCAGAUGUUGCAGGCAAUCAUGUGGCGGGUACGUUCACCAUCCGACUGGAGCCUGUGGCCGGCCAGCCUCCACAGGUUACCAACAGAGGCUUUGCUGUCUUGGCGGGAGAAAACUUUGUUCUGAGCAGAAAUGAGUUGGAUGUUACAGACCCUGACACGGACCUUGACUGGAUUGUUUUUGUCUUAGUUCAGGGUCCCCAACAUGGAUGUUUGCAAUACUUGCAGAAUUGUCUGACCCCGGGACAAGCAUUCAGGCAAGCUGAUAUUAUUAACGGGAGUAUCUCUUAUCAGCACAGCCGAAACCAGACUACCAGUGACACUUUCCAUCUGGAGGUAAGUGACAGGGUGCACCGAGUACCCAUCACGAUCUGGGUUUCCGGGCACCCCGCAGUGGCUGAGAAAAGUCCCAGGAUCUUGCUUACAGGAAGUCCGUUGUUAGAAGUUUCUAUCAAUGUCCUGGAGCAUGGAGCCACUGAAAUCACCAUGGGCACGAUCCAUGACCAAAAGAAGGGCUCUGGGGACUUGAUGCUGUCUUUCGUUGUAGAGGACCUCCCCAAAGUAGGUGUCAUUCUGGUGAAUGGUUUACCCACAGAUCGAUUCACCCAAGAGGACCUCCUCGGUGGGGCUGUGCGCUACUUCCACACGGGGGGAGAGGUGGGUUUCCAGAUGCAGCAGGACACCUUCAGCCUCGCCCUCUCCAAGAACUCUUACCAGUGGGUGGUGGGGGACGCUAUCGUGGAGAGAGUGCGGGUGAGAGUGACUGUGCUGCCCGUGGACAGUGUGGCUCCCAAAGUCUCAGUGGGUGAAUCCUUCGUGGUCCAUGAAGGUGGAAAGAGCCCCUUGACCUUGCAACAUCUCAGCGUGGAAGACGUAGACACUCCCCACGACAGAAUCAUAUGCACGGUGACUGCCCAGCCAGCUUCUGGCUACCUAGAAAAUGUAGCAGCAGCCCCUGGGUCUAUUGUGUCCCGGGCUGGUCACCCCAUCAGUGCUUUCUCCAUCAGGGAUGUCCAGGCCAAGCAGAUCAAUUACGUCCAGAGCAUCCACAAGGGGGUAGAGCCCCAAGAAGAUCAUUUCACCUUUUAUUGCUCUGACGGCAUCCACUUCUCCCCGACCGCCUUCUUCCCGAUAAUCAUCUUACCCACCAACGAUGAGCCACCUCAGCUUUCUGCCCGGGAGUUUGUGGUGUUAGAGGGGACGAGCCUCGUCAUUGACAACGCGCUGCUCAGUGCCGCCGACGCAGACUCACCCCCUUCCGCGCUUCACUUCCAACUCACGGCCCUCCCUCGGCAUGGACGCAUCCUCCAGCAGCUGGCUACAGGCAGCCAGCCCGUCCGCAGGUUCACCCUGCAGGAGAUUCAGGCAGCCUCCACCAUCGUGUACGAGCAUGAUGACUCCGAGAGCACCAAGGACAGUUUUGAGGUCUGGCUGAGUGACGGCAGGCACACGAGCCAGGCUAAGGUCCGCAUCGUGGUGAUCCUGGUGGAUGAUGAGGCCCCUAGGCUGAUCACCAACCGUGGGCUGCAGGUGGAGACCGGACAUGCCACAGCCAUUACCAACAGGGUUCUCAAGGCCACGGAUGUGGACUCGAAUGACAAGAGUCUCAGUUUUGUCCUCCGUUCCACGCCUCAGCAGGGGUUUCUGCAACUAUGGCAAAAAGGCAGAGGAGACUCGAGGAACAACCUCACCUUGGGAAUGAACUUCACCCAGGAUGACGUUGACAGGGGGCUGGUCUUGUACACCCACACCGGCCCACAGGGAGCUCCUGACCUUCUGGAGUUGGGCGUGACUGAUGGCGUGAACACCUUGCCCCGCUGUUAUUUCUACAUCUUCGUGGGCAGCUCCAAUCAAGUCUUCCCUGACAUGGUCACCAAAGCACUAUCCUGGGCAGAAGCUGACAGAGUGACCCUCCCUGCUGAUCUGUUUAGCACUCAUGACAUGGAGCACUUUGGUGCCCAGCUGUAUGUGAGCAUCAUCCAGGCUCCUCGCCAAGGCCACCUGGAGAGCUUGGACCAGCCCGGGGAGCCCGUUACCUCCUUCACUCAGCUUCAGCUAACUGACCACCAGAUAGCCUAUGUUCGCACUUCAAAUGAUAAGCUAAAGAUGGACAGUGUGGAGUUCCAAGUGACCAAUGGACACAAGGCUGGGGCAAGAAACUUCAAGGUCUUUAUCACGGGCGUGGAUGAUAAGAAACCUGUCUUGACUGUCCAUGCACUGGCUCUGCAGAAAGGGGGCCACGAAGCCAUCACUCCCUUAGAGUUGACAGCAGAAGACGACGAGAGCCCAGAUGACCUUAUCCUCUUUGCCAUCACCCAGCUCCCCAGCUGCGGCAGUGUCUUGUACAACAGCAGCCAUCCUGUGACCACCUUCACCAAGCAGGACCUAAAAGAGAACCUCAUCAGCUACUGGCAUGAUGGCAGCGACAAGACUGAAGAUCGUUUGGCCUUGACCGUGACAGAUGGCGCUCACGCCGAUUUCUAUGUCUUCCCAGACACCAUCCAGGAGACGCACAAGCCACAGGUGAUGAGGAUCUCCAUGCACCCUCGAGACAGUGAGAUGCCCCGGGUGGCCACUAACAAGGGUGCUCCGACCUUAGAGCACCUUCCUACUGGACAUGUGGGCUUUCUUGUGACCAACAAGUCUCUGAAAACAGAGGACCAGGACAGUCCCCAAGAGCUCCUGAAAUAUAAAGUGACCAGAAGACCACAGCAUGGUUUCAUUAUCCACACUGGCCUGGGAAAUGAGAGCACUCGAGCGUUUACACAAGCUGACAUUGAUGAGAGAAGGGUCCUCUACGUCUUGAAGGAGGGCAGCAGUGCCACCCAGGAUGUCUUCUACUUCUCUGUUGCAGACAAUGGAGGAAAUAAGCUACCAAGUCAGCCCUUCCACCUCCGGUGGGCCUGGAUUUCUUUGGAGAGAGAGUACUACAUUGUGGAGGAAGACGCCUUGUUCCUGGAGGUGACGCUGACACGUAGGGGAUGCCUGGCCGAGACAGCCUUCAUCAGCAUUGUCACCAAGGAUGAAACCGCACAGAAAGAUGAGGAUUUUCAAGGAAACACCCAGAAAGGAGUUCGGUUCAACCCUGGACAGACUACGGCCACAUGGAGAGUGGGACUCAUACCUGACCGUGGAUACGAGGCUUCAGAGACCUUCCAGAUUCUUCUGUCAGAUCCCGUGAUGGCUGUUCUGGAAUUUCCAGAAAUAGCAACUGUUGAAAUUGUAGACCCUGAGGACGAACCAACAGUCUCUAUUCCGGAGGCAGAAUACGUCGUGGCGGAAGCUGUGGGGGAGCUUUUGAUUCCCGUCAGACGCUCCGGAGACGUCAGCCAGGAGCUGAGCGUCCUGUGCGCUACACAUCAUGGGUCUGCCACCGGCUCCAUCCCCUCCCGCAUGCUCUCCUCCUCCGACUACAUCUCCCGUCCCAGAGACCACACGAGCAUCCUCCGCUUUGACAAGCACGAGCUGGAGAAGAGCUGCAGAGUCCUGAUCGUCGAGGACUCCCUUUACGAAGAGGAGGAAUCCUUCAGGGUUGCCCUGAGCCUGCCGCAGGGAGGGCGGCUGGGCGCACGUUUCCCCGCAGCAAAGGUCACCAUCCUGGCCGACCCAAGAGACGUGCCUGCCCUGCACUUUGGGGACGCCGAGUAUCACGUGGACGAAGGGGCCGGAGUCCUGGAGGUCUGUGUCCUGCGGACUGGCCCGGACCUCUCCCGCGCAGCCUCCGUCACGGUGCUCUCCCGGAGGACAGAGCCGGCGUCGGCAGAAGCUGGAACAGACUAUGUUGGCCUCCGCCGGGAGCUGGACUUCACCCCCGGAGUGCGCAUGCUAACACUCCAAGUGACCAUCCUUGCAGAUGCCCCGGGACAGCGCACCCCGGAGGGCCCGGAGAGGUUUGAACUGCACCUCCAGACGCCAGUGGGGGCCGUGCUGGCACCACCACACAAAACCACCAUUUUCAUCGAUGACAACAUCUGACUGUG